UCCGGGAGGGAGAGGAGGGGGAGAGCGAAGGCCAAACGCUGGGGAAGGAGCGGCAACUUCACAGAGUGAGGCUGGGCGCCAGCGAGGCUGCCCGUCCAGCUGAGCCGGCGGCCUGAGCCCAGCCUCCUCCCGGGAUGUUCGCUCUCCGCGCAGCAGCACUGGGGCUGCUGCUCCUGGGGGCGCUCCAAGCCUUCCCGCAGGGUCGAGCCCCCACGGACCCCUGUGCUGGACACCCCAACCACCACUAUGACAAGGCUGCCGGGAGGUGCUGUUACCGCUGCCCUGAGGGGUCCUCCCCACAGCAUCUGUGCCCGCAGGGGCCAUCCGGCUGCAGGAAGCAGUGCCAGCAGGACUACUACCUGGACAGGGCCAACCGGUGCACAGCCUGCGUGAGCUGCAGAGACGACCUUGUGGAGAAGAAGCCAUGUUCGGGGAACUCCCCCCGCGUCUGUGAGUGCCGGGCCGGCAUGUUCUGUGUCACGUCAGCCUCCAACUCCUGUGCCCGCUGCCUCCCCCACUCCGUCUGCCCCCCAGGGACGAUUGUCAAGUUCCCCGGCACAGCACAGAGGGACACUGUCUGCGAGCCCCCUUCCCCGGAGACCAGCCCUGACUGCGGCACCAGCCCGGAGGACUGCAGGGCGCCUGCCAGCGGCACUACCCCCCCGGCCAAGCCCACCCUGACCUCAGCCAGCUCCGAUGCCAGGACCCCGCUUCUUGAAGGGGACACUCCUCUCACCCCCAAAGCUGAUUCCAAAAUGAUGAGGGCUCCCAACUCUCUCUCCCCCGUGGGGAAGCCCAGGCUGGAUCCAGGGCGGUCCCCACAGCACCUGUGCCCUCUGGGGUCCACCGACUGCAGGAAGCAGUGUGAGCGGGACUACUACCUGGACAGGGACGGCCGCUGCACAGCCUGCGUGACCUGCUCGGGAGAUGACCUCGUGGAGAAGACACCUUGCACGUGGAACUCCUCCCGCGUCUGUGAAUGUCGACCUGGCAUGAUCUGUGUCACGUCAGCCACCAACUCCUGUGCCCGCUGCCUCGCCCGCCCUGUUGUCCCACCCCAGGUGGUCACCGCAUGCCAGGGCAAAGCUGAGAGGAACACCACCUACGAGCCGCCUCACCUGGGGACCCACCUUAACCGCAGCACCAACCCAGAGGACAGCGAGGUGCCGGGCAGCACCAGCGCCUCCCAGAUCUCCCUGGCCGGAAAGGGGCAUGGAGGAGGCGCCACCCAUGCCCGGGAGGACGCCUCCCUCUCAACAAGUGCUCCCGUCUCUUUCUCCUCCGCGGGGAGACCCAUCCUGGUUUCAGGCCCCGUGCUCCUCUGCCUGCUGGCGCUGCUGGCGGUGGUGGUCUGCGCCGGCUCCCUCCUCCUGUGCCACCGCAGGGCCUGCUGGAAGUGGAUGCAGCAGAAGCUCCACCUGUGCUACCCGGUCCAGACCUUCCGGCCCAAGCCCGAGGCUGCGGAAAAGCAGAGAUCACAGAAAAUCACACUCAGAGGGCCCGAGCCCAAAGCGCUCCAGGAUCAUCUGGCUUCGGGCUUGCCUGCACACGACUCAGGAGCAUCCUCAGGGCCGCCAGCCCCUCUGUCGCCUGCCUUGAGGUCCUCCGUGCGCCUCACACAGGGACUGGGGAGCUCUGGGCUCUUUCGGCCCCGCGUGCUACAAGAUUCCAGGCCCCCGAGGAACCAGACAGAGCUGAAGAGCCUGCUGGUGACAGGGCCCUGCACAGAAACGCUGGGGUUAAUGAAUCCUCCGGCUGUGGAGCCCUGCACCCACGUGGGGGCAGCCGGCCUGGAGAGCCUGCCGCUGGUGGGGGCCAGCCCAGCCGGGAGCCCCUCGUCCCCCAGGGACCUUCCCGAGCCCCGGGUGACCACGGAACAUACCAACAACAGGAUCGAGAAAAUCUACAUCAUGAAGGCCGACACAGUGAUCGUGGGGACCGUGAAGACCGAGGCGCCGGAGGGCCGGGGCCUGGUGGGGCCGGCGGGGCCCGAGCUCGAGGAGGACCUGGAGAUGGACCAUGCCCCACACUACCCGGAGCAGGAGACGGAACCACCUCUGGGCAGCUGCGGGGAUGUCAUGUUCUCGGUGGAGGAGGAAGGGAAGGAGGACCCCUUGCCUGAGACGGCGUCUGGGAAGUGAGGCCUGGCUGGGGCUGAGAGAGCAGCUGGGUGCCCCUGGGACCGGGUGGCACGGUGGGCCACGCUGGUGCAGAGGCCCAUCUGCUGACCUGAGUUUCCAGCACCCAGUGGUCAAUGCAGGAGGGGCCUGGGGGUCUCCACCUGCAUCCCCACCCAGCUGCCCCCACCCUGACCCUAGGGCAGUGGGCUGUGCAGGGGAGACAACCAGGGUGCUGGAUUUGAAUGGCGAUGUUUGCUGGGGCAACAGAAAGACAGACAGUAGGGACUGGACGCUUCGCCUCUGCUGCUACUGAGAAGAUACCCCAGAGUCCUGGCAUGGGCCCCCCGCCCUCCAGGGUGGAGCCCCCUGGAGGCAGAGACCAUGAGGCCCACACCCCAAGCCGUCUCCCCUCAACUGGGCCCCUGGAGAGAGACCCACGGGGCCUUGCUACCAGGCCAACAGCCCGCAGUUACUGUAAACUCGGCCAGCAGUGGCCUCGAGCCAGUGCCUGUGGUUUCUCCUCUGUCAGAAGGGAAACAGAGGGAUCGGGCAGCCGGCUGGCCCGUCUCAGCCACUGCGGCCAUGCUGUGCUCUGUGCCUUAGGCCUGGUGGUGCCCAGCCUGCCUCCAGCCCUGUGUGGGCCGAGGGGGGACCCUCCUGGUGCUGCCCUUUCCCUGUUCUGUGGCCCCACGGUGAGCCCCUGGCCUAGGAUCAACUCACUCAUCUCAGAAUGUCCCUACCAGUCCCAGUGACAGUGGGCCCUUCGGGGUCCUUGCCCGCUCUGUCCUGGGAAAUGAAGAUGCCCUUCCCCGGAUCUGCCGCCCUCGUGGGUCCCCAUGGCACCAGGCCUGCCUCUUGCAGCAGCUGCUCCGCACCCGUGUUGGGACAUGGAUGUCAAAAGCCACGUCUGCCUUAUCCUGGGCUUGGGGGGAAGCUCUGCGUAGCUCAGUAUGGGGUCAGGAUGUCUGCAUCUCACACUAAGGAAUAAUCGGUCGGCUGGCCUGCUCUCCCAGGGCUUUCAGACGCGUGUACACAGGCGCGUGGCCUUGGAAAGGGACCUGUGGGCAGACGACAGGGGGCAGCAGGCCGGGCACCGAGUCUCGGGUCCUGGAAUUACCCUCCGAAGCCAGUCCUGAAAGCUGCUGUUUACGCACCAGCCUCUCAUCGCUGGAGGAAGUCGGGGCUGGGUCAGGAAUCGCAGGGGCCGUUUCUGAGAUCUCUCAGGUAUUUUGGGGGAAGUUGGAGAGACCGUUACACCAGAACCUGGAGAAGUUCAUGUGGGAUGGGUGAUCUUUGCCCAAAUGCCUGUGUGGGCGGCUUUGCACCCGAGCCUCUGUGCCCAAAGUCAGCACGCGCCCAGCACCUUGUGGGCAGGGCUCAGGCUGCCUGUGGGGGCCGCUGACAUCUGCUUAAUGAAAUGACGCACUCCCUCGCCCAAGAGCCCUUCACAGAACAUGAUCUUUUAAAAAUUCACAAAGUUCCUUACCAAUGACCAUAAGGCUGAGGACUCUCUCAUGGAGACUGAGAGUCUUUGAGAAGCUCUGAGGACGGGGAUCCCGCCACCCCUCUGCCUGGCCUCUGGGGACAGGGCGCUGCUGCCUGCAGAGCCACCCCUCCACUGCUGGAGGGUCUUCCUCCCUGUAACUCCCGCGCCCUGGCCCAGGCCUGCCUCGAGGACACUCUGAAUAAAGCUGCUCAACACCAGGCUCCCUGUGGGUGUUUGCAGAAGGGGCUGUGGGGAGAGGGCAUCACAGAAGCUGCACAGAUGCCCCAGCCUGGGGGUCACAGGGAGGGACUGAAGGGUCAAUGUGAGCCGAGGGCUGCAUGCAGGAGCUGGAAGCCCCCCCCCCCCCCCCCCCCCCCCCCGCAGGACUCCAGGCCCCGCCUGUGGCCAGUGUGGGCCGGGCGAAUAUCCCUGCCCUCCAGUGACAGGGCCUUCUUAGCCUCUGCUGUUCAGAUGGGCAGGUGGACCAGGGCCCUGCUGCUCAGGGUGGCAGUUCCCAGGGUGCAGGGCACCUCACACAUGUGCACACCCCCUUCCUGAAUGGCCGCAGUCAGGAAGGAGUGAUAAGUGUCCUGUGGAGGCUGUCAUACUCGGAGAAACCCCGCUGUCUCCCAGAGCGGUCUCGGAGGUGGGAGAUGACUCUAGGUGCUUACGGCCAGGCCCCUCCCCCCCACCCCCCCCUCAGAUGGAGCAGGAGACUCAAUCUUGCGUGUCUCCAUCUUCCCACACCUCCCACCCCAGUCAUUGCUGUCCCAUAGCCCCAGGGACUGCUCUGCUGGGCUGAACAGAAAUGACUGUGCAGAGGCGAGAGGCCGCCCUCCAGCUGAAGUUUCUUGGGUGCCUUCUCACCUCCACCCCUUCCUUGGUCCUCCCUGUCCUUGUGGGGGGCAGGGAGGGGCUGGGGACAGAUGGGUGGGCAGGGACCCGAUUCACUCAUAGGCCCUUGACCGUGUCAGUCCUGCUUGACUGGAAGCCAAGGUGAGAACAUUAAACGCUUCAAGGAUGGCUACUCCAGCCCAAGGGGAAGCUGGCCGAGCCCACCUGGGGCUCCUGCACCCUCCCCAGGCCCCUGGCCCUGGGCCAACACCCAUGCUGGGCGCACACCUGGGAUCCUGCGGGGUGCCCCAGAGCAGCAGGUCAGCAGCGGAAGUGACUGAGGUGCGGACAGUGUGCGGCAGGAACUGGGAUUCAGGCCCAGCUCUGCCGCUUAGUGGGGCUAUCUAGGUUAGGUGCCUUGAUCUCCCUAGAGCUCAGUUUCCUGAUCUAUGAAAUGGGCCAGGGUUGUGGGGUUCCCUUAAGCGCCACCUGACAUGCGGCUGGUGUUUACUGCGUGGCAGCCUCUGUCCUCGGUCCAGCCCAGCGGCCACUUGCCAAGGGUGAGCCCUUCCUGGGUCUGCAGAAUUCAGCCCCUCUAACUUACCAACAGGUAACUUCCAGGAGGCAUCGGGCUGAGAACACUCUUCUCCCAGAAAAACAACAUGAAAGCUGGUGGCUGGUUCCAGGCUGGCGUUAGCUUCGGUGAGGCUGACAGGCUUCCAGGCUCUCCUGGGGCCUGGCCUCCCUCGGGGUGUGUUGCUGUGGGAACCCCACAGUGGACAGACUGCUUCUUGCUCCGUGGGGCACCCAGAGGACCCCUCAUGUCACAGUCACAGGAGUGGCGGUUGGUUAGAUGUCUGUAACUCUGUGCAUUUGCGAAGUGUUGCCGGUCCCGCUGCAGGGACAUCCUGCUUGUGGUCCCAGGGUGCUCCAGGCGGCACCGCGUUGCUGUUCAAAAUCUCCUUUCCUCUCCUUCCCUCCCGCCUCCCUUCCAAACACACCUGUGAUGAGCCAGGCCCGGUCCAGCUGCAGAGGAUGCGCUGAGCUCAGACCGCCUCCGUGGGCCCUGUGUCCAGUGGCUGAGAUCCACGAUGGCACAGAACCGAACCUGUGAACAAGGUCGUUCCGGAGACGAUGGGGUUAUGUGCUAGCGGCGCCCCAGUUAGGGGACCAGGCAGCGCCUCGAAGGCAGGGUCGGCUCUAGCCAGGUGGUCCAGGAGGUGCCCUUUGAGCUCCACCUGAGUGACAUGAUGCGUGGGCGAGGGGAGGACCUGGGGGCCCAGCGACCUGGGAAGUCAUGAACCACCGCUGCAAAGGCCCCCAGGUGGGGAGGCUCCUGGCCUUGGGACUCGAGGAGCACACCUGGUGGGAGCACCGGGGCCGGGCGGAGAGAAGGUGAGCAGGCAGGCUGACAGCCAGGCCACGGAGGGCCUCGCGGGCCAUUGCAAGGUGCUCAGAUUUUAUCGUCAAACGGAUGGAGACUUGACUUGGGGUGGUGAACACACAGUACAGUGUACAGCUGAUGUGUUGUGGAAUUGUGCGCCUGAAGCCUGUGUAAUUUUG